AUGAAUGUCCUGAACGGAGGUUCCCAUGCCGGAGGGCGGCUUGCAUUCCAAGAGUUCAUGGUUGUACCAAGCACCGCACCUUCGUUCACCGAGGCUCUGCGGCAAGGAAGUGAAGUUUAUCAGAAAUUGAAAGGACUCGCCAAGAAAAAGUAUGGGCAGUCAGCGGGUAACGUAGGGGAUGAAGGUGGUGUUGCGCCAGACAUCCAGACAGCGGAAGAGGCUUUAGAAUUGAUAACACAGGCAAUUAGCGACGCCGGAUAUGAAGGCAAGGUCAAGAUCGCUCUUGAUGUCGCAUCAAGCGAAUUUUACAAGGAGGACGCUAAAAAGUACGAUCUCGACUUCAAGAACCCAGAUUCUGACCCAAAUCAAUGGCUGUCAUACGAGCAACUUGCCGAUCUGUAUAAGUCUUUGGCGUCGAAGUAUCCGAUUGUCAGCAUCGAAGAUCCGUUCGCAGAGGAUGAUUGGGAGGCAUGGAGCUACUUCUUCAAAACGUCGGAUUUCCAAAUCGUUGGCGACGAUCUCACUGUGACCAACCCAGUACGCAUCAAGAAAGCCAUUGAGACGAAGGCAUGCAACGCCCUGCUAUUGAAAGUCAAUCAGAUUGGCACAUUGACAGAGUCCAUUCAAGCAGCCAGAGACUCUUUUGACGCCGGAUGGGGUGUCAUGGUCUCACAUCGAAGCGGAGAGACCGAAGAUGUAACAAUUGCAGACAUCGUUGUUGGCCUGCGCUGUGGUCAGAUCAAGACUGGAGCACCAUGUCGAUCUGAGCGCCUAGCGAAGCUGAACCAAAUCCUCCGCAUCGAGGAGGAACUUCAAGGUGCUGAUCCACCUGCAAUUUUCGUCGGCGAGAAGUUUAGAAAUGCCGUUAAUCUGUAG